UUUUCUCCGUUUCCGGAAGAUGAUUGCAGCUUUCCUACAAGAAAGAAAAUGGAAUCCUGAAAUCGCACUUAGCUCAACAGUCAGUCGCUUUUCAGAGAAUAUUAAAAGAUUAACUGGGCAGUACGGUCAUAUCGCUACUAACAUCACCGAUCAGCAACUGGAUCUAGCCAAAGAUUGGAAAGCAUAUCUAGACCUCCCUCCCUUCUGCAUCCAUGGAAGGGUCUGACAGUUCAGAGCAGAGUGGCAGUGACCAGCCGGAGUCUCAACGCAGGAGGCUGCUGGACCGGCUGGGCAGGGAGGAGGCCUUCUACCAGUUUGUCAACAAUCUCAGUGAUGAAGACUAUCGUCUCAUGAGAGACAAUAAUCUCUUGGGCACUCCAGGAGAGGUGACAGAAGACGAGCUGUUCAGCAGGCUUCAGCAAAUCAAAGAUGGCCCAGAACAGCAAAAUAAUACCCCAAGUACUGAGAGUGUAGAAGCUCCAGCUGAACAACCAGAAAGCUCUGAGGAUCCUGCAGGUGGGGAUAGUCUCUUGGACUGGUUGAACACAGUGAGGCGCACCGGCAACACCACCAGAACCGGUCAUCGUGGAAACCAGUCAUGGCGGGCUGUAAGCCAGACCAACCCGAACAGUGGCGAUUUUCGCUUCAGCCUGGAAAUCAGUGUGAACCGCAACCUGGCUGAACAGCAGGCAGUUGCUGAAGGGGAGCAGCCGUCUUCAGAGCAGACCCCAGAGCAGUCUUCAGCCCUGGUCCCAGAACAAUCUCCAGAGCAGUCUUCAAGCCUGGCCCCAGAGCAGACCCCAGAGCAGCCUUCAGAGCAGACCCCAGAGCAACCUUCAGGGCAGACCCCAGAGCAGCCUUCAGGGCAGACCCCAGAGCAGCCUUCAGGGAUGAUCCCAGAGCCGUCUUCAGGGCUGAUCCCAGAGCUGUCUUCAGGCCAGUCUUCGGAGCAGACCCCGGUGCACUCUUCGGAGCAGCCCUCAGAGCAGUUUUCGGAGCAGCCCUCUGAGCAGCUUUUGGAGCAGCCCCCAGGGCAGCUUUUGGAGCAGACCCCAGGGCAGCUUUUGGAGCAGACCCCAGGGCAGUCUUUGGUGCAGACCCCAGAGCAGUCUUUGAUGCCGACCCCAGAGCAGUCUUUGGUGCAGACCCCAGAGCAGUCUCCAGUGGUUGAAGCCACGAUGCUAAAUGAAGAUCCACAGGUUCCUAUGGAGACGGAAGUGGUGGAAGAACCAGUUGUGGAGGAGUUGGCCGUCAUAGUGGAACCAGAGCCUGAACUUGAAGAGGUUGUUUCACACGAGGUUUUAGGAGAACCUCCCAGCUUGCCUUCUGGCCCACCAAUACAGUCAACACAGCCAACACUUUGCACUUCUCCACGCAGAGGACAAAGGAGAGCCCGCAGUCGUAGUCCCGAACCACGCAGGACUAGGGCCCGACUAGCCAGGAGCCGCUCCCCUCUCAGCUUGGAUCAGCUUGAUGGUAUACCUAACCCACGGCAUACAUACAGUUCACAAAGCCCCAGUUCUUCCACCAAUUCUCCCCCUUUGCCUCAAGUAGAGGGUAGCUCUCGGACUCGACAACAUGUACUUUCCAGACAAAGCACCUCAGAUGUUGAUGUUCAGCCAUCUAGGGCUGGAGCUGAAUCUGUCCCAGAGGCCCAAAAUGUUGGCUCUCAGGAAGGAGAUGCUGGUGGUGGGGAAGGGGGAACAGCAGGACGCCGCCCCCCUACUAUUAUGCUUGAUCUCCAGGUGCGUCGCGUGCGUCCAGGCGAAUACCGACAAAGGGACAGCAUCGCCAGUCGUACUCGUUCACGCUCCCAGAACUCAAACAACACAUUUCUUUAUGAGAGCGAGCGCGGUGGCUUUCGUAGGACUUUCUCUCGCUCUGAACGUGCUGGUGUUAGGACCUACGUCAGCACUAUUCGCAUCCCCAUCCGAAGAAUCUCCGAUGCAGGUUUGGGAGAGGCAACCUCAAUGGCUCUCCAGUCUAUGAUACGGCAAAUUAUGACCGGCUUUGGUGAGCUCGGCUACCUCAUGGAUUCCGACUCUGAUUCUUCAGAUUCAAACCGUGGAGCCAACACACCUGCAGAUGUGGAAGCUCUCAACAAUCCAGAUGCUGCUACUCCUGACGCCCCUGUUGCCGAUGUUGACGAGCAGCCAGUUACUGCUGGAGUAAGGGGAAGAACAGUUGAGACUGAUACGGAUGAGGGUCUUGUCACUGGUCCACCGGCUUCUGGUGGCAGGGCUCGACCUAGACCACCUAUCAGCCUAGAGGAGCCCAGCUCACUGCCUUUCCUGCGGCUUGCUCACUUCUUUCUCCUAAACGAUGAUGAUGAGGACCAGCCACAGGGGCUGACCAAAGAACAGAUUGACAACCUCUCAAUGCGCAACUUUGGUGAGAGUGAUGCCUUGAAGACUUGCAGUGUCUGUAUUACAGAGUAUGCAGAAGGGAACAAGCUACGCAAGCUUCCCUGUUCACAUGAGUACCAUGUGCACUGCAUAGAUCGCUGGCUCUCUGAAAACUCAACGUGCCCCAUCUGCCGCAGGGCUGUCCUGGUGUCGGCCAACCGAGAGAGUGUGGUGUAACUGCAGGCCUUUUUGUCUCAACCUAAGUAAUCUAAUAUCCCAAGUCCCAUAAGAGGCUUUGAGGAAAUGUGUCUCCAAUGUUGAAAUGUAUUUCCUUUAUCCCAUUUGUGAGUUUGAUCAUAAUGCAGUCACAACUUUGAUUUGGGGGUGCUUCAUACAGUGACCUGGGGACUUUAGACAUUUAUUAUUGCAGUCCAAAGUUGGGCACAAGCAUUGCAUGCUGUUGAUCAACCUGUAUAAACCAUGCGGUGUUGCACUGCAACAAGCGGCGCACACAAGCAGACCUAUAUCUUAUAAAGAAUCCUCUAAUUAUAAAUGCUACACAUCUGCAGGUAGGUGAGGCACUUCAGAACUGUUCCUUUGUAUUAGCUCCUAAAUGGCGCCUUAUAUACUAUAAGUUGGGUAUAGGUACAAUUCUUAGUAACACCAGUUCAAAGUAUUAGCUGUAAAUAAGCUUGUAAAAAUAAUUUUGAAUCAUACUUUGUAUCAGUGAAUUGGUUUUUGAUUGUAAAUUAUCACAUAUGAAGAUCUGGGUCAUGUCAUCCAUGAAUUUGGUUUUUAACAAAUGGGUAGUAUCAGUGUACAUGGCAGAAUUAUUUACAGAUUGUGAUGUCCAGAGGAUGAAGGACAAAAAUGGUUUGCAGUUUACAGUGUGACUUGUACUCUUUAUCAUUCACAUAAACCAAACUAUGAUUUUGGAGUGGCAUAUACCAUUAAAAUUCUCAAUGGAAAAAACAGAGUGUUGUAGUGGUAUAAAGGAAGAAGAAAUCCACAUAAGUUACUUCCGCAGGCGCACAUUUAUUUAUCAGACGUUAGGGUUGUUUCCAUAUUGGUGAUAGAUGAUGAGUCUAUCAAUUUGUGAAUUUUCUCACCUAAAACAUACUAACAGAUGUGAUGUCAGAAACUGAAAUAUAGUUCGUUUUGGUUUAUUUUUCUACAUUUUAUGCUGAUUAUUUCUACAUAUUAGAGUUCUCAAUAAUCAACUGGUGAAGUAAGUUCUGGCAUUGGCUGAGUGAAUCAAAAGUUACCUUAAACCGAAGUGUAGACUUUCCUCCUUUAUUCAAGCCUGAAUAGGCAGACAUCAUCCAGUCAAAUUCACGUUACUGUACUUUAGUCCUAGGUUCAGUGUAAGAUCAAGACACUCGUCCACUGUGCCCUCCUUCUGCCUCAUGAGCGAGUGCUCCAUAUUGGUGUGCUAUACACACUAAAGUUGGGAAAUGCACACCAUGAUAUAAAAGAAUGCUAUUAAAAAAACAGAUUAUGGCUAAAAUCUUAAAUGAAGACUUAUUACCUUUUAUGUGUUGAAGUUCAUUUUAUUUAGAAGUUCUGUAGGUGUUAAUAGCAUUGUUGAUGAACAGGAACACAGGCUAAAGGAAGAAAAGGGGCAUCACUAUUAAUGCCAUCCUGUCAUGUGUCUUGUUUCAUUGUGUGAUGUCUUAGCCACAAUUAUUAUUUCCCUGUGUGGGGACAUAAAGGUUUGAAUGCAAGACGUUGUUGAAUAUCAUAAUCAUGUAAUUGAAAUGUAUGUUCCCUCUUAGGCCAUACUUUAGUUUUGGCCUUGUUCUGUGACCCGCCCAGUGCAGUAUGUUAACUGGGUGUUAAAUGAAACUAACCGCUGAAUUAAACAAGUUGUUAUGCUAUGAAA